GCUCUCGCCUCGUGCCGCUCGCCCGACCAGUGCGCACGGAUGGCUUCCCAAGAAUCGCUUCCACCUCAACUGCAAGGCUACGCGCCGAGCAAGGCCGAGAAGGACGCCUACCAGUACCUGUUUGAGCGCGCCGACACGCAACAGCUGGGCGUCCUCACUGGCGACCUCGCCGUCCCCUUCUUCUCGCACUCUGGCCUCCCGCCUCUGCUCCUGGGCGAGGUGUGGCAGAUCGCCGACCCGGACAACUCGGGCUUCCUGUCGCCCGACCGUUUCGGCGUCGCGUGUCGGCUCAUCGGCCACGCCCAACAGCGCAACCGCACCGGCGCGCCCGAGGUCAAGCCAGAGUGGGUCACCAAGUCCGGCCCGCUCCCGAGCUUCAACAAGUACCCGAUCCCGGCUCGCCUCCAGCAGCUCGCCGACGAGUCGCUCCGCUCCUCGUCCUCGUCCUCGCCCGCGCCUGGCGGCCCCGCUCCCUCUUCGCCCGCCCAGCCGAGUCGCCAGUCGUCGCUCGCCGCACCGCCAUCCGCCCCGGCCGGCCUCACGACCAUCUCGCCGACCGACAAGGCCAACUAUGCGCGCGCGUUCGCCGGCGCCAACGGUGGCCAGGUCGCGGGCCUACUCGAUGGCGACAAGGCGCGCGAGAUCUGGAUCAAGACGCAGCUCCCGUACGACGUGCUCGGUCAAGUCUGGAACCUCGCCGACACGCACUCGCGCGGCGCCCUCGACCUGACCGACUUUACGAUCGGCAUGCACCUCCUGCACCUCGUCCUCGACGGUUCGCUCCCGGCCUCGUCCCUCCCGACCGUCCUCGACCCCAAGCUCUACGCCGCCGCCGCCGGCCUUCCCGCGCCCGGCGCCGGCUCGGCCUCGGCCCAGCAGCAGCAGCCGGCUCAAGGCCCACAGAGCCCGCUCCGCCAGGCGUCGCUCCCUGUCCAGCAGCAGCAGCAGCGCCAGCAGCCGCAGCAGCAGCAGCAGCAGGGCCCGGCGUGGGCCAUCACGCCCGCCGAGCUCGCCGACUCGAACACGUGGUUCGACUCGCUCGACUCGCAGUCGGGCCGCAAGGGCCACAUCGAGGGCGAGCAGGCGGUCGGGUUCUUUGGGCAGAGCGGGCUCGGCGUCGACCAGCUCGCCAAGAUCUGGGAUCUCGCCGACGUGCAGAACGCCGGGCACCUGACGCGCGAGACGUUCGCCGUCGCCAUGCACCUCCUCAAGCGCGCCCUCUCGGCGCCCAACACGCCCCUGCCCGACUCGCUCCCGACCGAGCUCGUGCCGCCGUCGAUGCGCCAGCAGCAACAGCCGCAGCCGCAGCAGCCGAGCGGCCCGCAGCGGGACCUCCUCGACCUCCUCGACGAGGACGACGGCGUGUCGUCGUCGGCCCAGGCGCCGCCCGUCCAGCCCAUGCAGCCCCAGCGCACGGGCACGCUCAGCCCGCAGGCGACGGGCCAGCAGCCGCUCGCGCCCAUGCGCGCCAUGAGCCCGCAGCUCACGGGCCAGCAGCAGUACCCGCAGCGCGCCAUGAGCCCGCAGCUCACCGGGCAGGGCCAGCGUUCCCUCAGCCCGCAGGCGACCGGCGGCAGCGCGUCGUACACGCUACGCGGCACCGUCUUCCCGCAGCCGACCGGGUCGGGCUUUGGCGCCGGCGCCGCGGCGGGCUCGAGCUCCGGGUUCGAGAGCAACUUUGCGCCGAGCCAGUCGGCCCAGCCGCAGCAGCAGGCGCCGAGGGCCGCCGCCGCCGCCGCCGCCGCGACGUCGUCGUCCUUCUUCGACGACAACGACGACGCCGACCUCGCCGCCUCGGCGUCGGCGCUCUCGGCGCAGGAGGACUCGCUCCGCCAGGAGGCGUCGUCGCUCGAGUCGAAGCAGGGUCAGUCGGGCAAGACGCGCGUCGAGCUCGAGGCGCAGGUCGAGGCGUCCAACCGCGAGGUCGCCGCCCUCCAGGAGCGCAUCAGCACGGCGCGCGCCGCCCACGAGGCCGAGCUCGUGCGUGUCGACGAGCUGCGCACCCGGCUCAAGGACGGCUCGGCGCUCAAGGAGCGCGCCAAGGCCGACCUCAUCCGCGCCGAGUCGGACCUGUCGGCGCUGCGCAUGGAGAAGUCGGAGCUCGAGGGCGAGGUCCUGCGCGACAAGGAGGAGGUGCGCGACCUCAAGCGCCGCGUCGGCAUCGUCGAGGAGGAGAAGCGCAUCCUGCGCGCCGAGAUCGACAAGGCCAAGAAGGAGGUGCGCCAGGGCAAGGGCCUCGCCGCCAUCGCCCGCAAGCAACUCAGCCAGGGCGAGACCGACCGCGGCACUCUCGAGCGCGAGCUCGACGACGCCCGCAACCCGCCCCUCGAGCCCGCACCCGUGCCCGUCGCCGGUCCGCCCUCGUCCUUCGCCGCCGCCCUCGACUCGCCCUCGUCGACCUCGAUCGACGCCGCCGCCGAGGCCGCUCUCGCCCGCACGGCGCCCACUGCCGCCGCCGCUCACGCCGCCGCCGUCCCGAUCCCGGGCACGCCGGCGGGCGCAGCCGCACUCAGCCCGGCGGCGAGCAGCGUCCGGUCGAUGAACCCGUUCGACCGCCUCAUGGGCAGCGGCGGCGUCUCGCCCCAGCACACGGGCUCGUCGCCGACCGUGUCCAAGAACCCGUUCGCGUUCGCGUCGGCCCCGGCCCCGCCGUCGCAGGCGUCGGCCCCGGCACCCGCUCACGAGGAGCAGACGCUCCCGCGCGACGCGGCGCCGGCCUCGUUCGACGACUCGACCAAGGCCAAGGAGGCCGACAAGGACGAGGCGUCGACGAGCCUGCCGCUCGCGGCCGCGGCUGCGGUCGGCACCGGUGCGCUCGCGGCGCUCGGCGCGGCCGGCGCCGGGAUCGCACACGCGUUCGGCGUCGGCUCGGACGAGGGCGACGCCAAGAACGAGGAGGUCGACUCGAAGCGCGAGGGCGUCGAGGCCGACCCGUUUGGCGUGCCCACGAGCGGCGCGUCGACGGCCGCCCCGGCGCAGGCCUCGUUCGACGACGGCUUCGGCGACGACUUUGCCGCCUCGUCGGCCGCUCCUGUCGCACCGGCCGCGUUCGCCACGAGUGAAGACGACGCGUUCGGCGACGAUUUUGCCGCCUCGGCGCCGCCGGUCACCGCCACCGUCGUUGACGAGCAGGAUGCGUCGGGCUUCGACGACGAGUUUGCCGCCCUCGAAAGCGGCGCGCCUGUCUCGUCGACCGCCGCCGCACCUGGCCCGACCGAGGAGGAGGAGCACGUCCCGGCCCCGGUCGAGGGCACCCUCGGCGAGAUCGAGCCCGAGGCCGGCUUCACCGAGGCCGUGCGCGAGGUCGAGGAGCGCGAGUCGGCGGGUUCUGCCGGCGACAAGGGCAAGGCCCGCGCUGUCGAGGAGGACGCCGCCGCAGACGAGGGCGACGUGUUUGGCGAGUCGGCUGCGGCCGACGACGUCGAGUCGGACCGUGGCGGCGCGUCGACGCUCUCGGACUCGUCGGACGACGAGGACGACGGCCCCGAGCAGGCGUUCGCGGCAACUCGCCCUCGUUCGGGCUCUGGCGCCUCCUCGCCCGGCGCGAGCGGCUUUGCGACGCCGGCCGGCGGUGCCACCUCGACGACCGACCUUGGCGCGUCGGCGACUCGCGAGCUCGCCGCACGUCGCGAGCACGAGCCGACGACCAACUCGGAGUCGGGCGAGAGCUUCGUUCACGUUGUCGGGCCGACCGGUACCGCCGAGAGCGAGCACAUGCUCGAGCCGCAGGCGCCGGCGAGCUUUGAGCCCGCCUCGCCCGCCGUCAGCCCGUCGCCUGGCGCCGGCUCGAGCACGCGUCGUGCGGCACCGCCGCCGCCGCAGCGCUCGGCCAGCACAGUCGCGCCGACCCCGCCCGAGGUGCCGGCCUUUCCGCCUGCCGCCGCCGUCGACAACGGCUUUGCCGCCGCGUUCCUCGUCCCCUCGUCCACCUCGACUACGUCUGCCGCCGCCGAGGCGCCUGCCGCGUCGGCCGAGGACGACUUCAACACGUCGUUCGCCGCCCUGAGCACCUCGUCGGCGGCGUCGCCCUUCCCGGCCUCGUCGUCUGAGCCCACGACUGCCGCUCCUCCCGCCGCCCAGCCGCUGUACGACUCGUUCGACAGCGAGUUUGACGACUUUGGCGGCGGCGAGAACGCGGCGCGCACGGCGAGCAACUCGGCGCAGGUCAACGCGGCCGUCGGCGCCACGUCCGACUUUGACGACGCGGCGUUUGCCGACUUUGACUCGACGAGCGCGGCGCCGGCGCCGGCGCCGGCCCAGCAGGGGCGCAACCUGGACGCCGACGACGACGACGACGCGUUUGCGACGUUCGACGACACUUUUGCCGCGCCAACGCCGAUCCCGGGCUCGACGACGUCGAUGGAUGCCGGUCCGCCUCAACUCGGCGCCCCCGUCGGCGUGUCCAGGACCGCCGCUGCCGCCGCCCCGACGAGCGCCGACUCGGUCCCGUCGUACGCUCCCCCGCCCGGACCUCCUCCUCCUCUAGCCACUGCCGCUCCCGCCGCAAAUGCGCCUUCGCCCGCCGUUGACGAGUUCGCCGGCGACACGGAGGAGGUGCGCACGAUCCGCAUGAUGGGGUUCUCGAAAGAGGAGGCCCUCGAGGCGCUCGAGAAGUACGACGUGC